CCGGCGCCGAGCCGGAGGGGGGAAACGGCGCCCGCCUCCCGCCAGCAGCCCUGGAGGCGCGCCGGCACCCCCCGCCCCGCCCCGCGCGGUGGCGGCGCCGACGUCCACGCCGCCGCGGCCCCGCCUCUUUCCGGUGCUGGCUGCCCGGGCCGCGCUCGCUCCUGCCGGUGGAUGCUGCGCCUGUCGGAGCGCAACAUGAAGGUGCUCUUCGCUGCCGCCCUCGUCGCGGGCUCCGUCUUCUUCCUGCUGCUGCCAGGGCCCUCGGUGGCCGACGAGAAGAAGAAAGGCCCCAAAGUCACCGUCAAGGUAUACUUCGACCUACGAAUUGGAGACGAAGAUGUAGGCCGGGUGGUCUUUGGCCUUUUUGGAAAGACCGUUCCAAAGACGGUGGAUAAUUUUGUGGCCUUAGCUACAGGAGAGAAAGGAUUUGGCUAUAAAAACAGCAAAUUCCAUCGUGUGAUCAAGGACUUCAUGAUCCAGGGUGGAGACUUCACCAGGGGAGAUGGCACAGGAGGAAAGAGCAUCUAUGGAGAGCGCUUCCCGGAUGAGAACUUCAAGCUGAAGCACUAUGGGCCUGGCUGGGUGAGCAUGGCCAAUGCUGGCAAAGACACCAACGGCUCCCAGUUCUUCAUCACCACAGUCAAGACAGCCUGGCUGGACGGCAAGCACGUCGUGUUCGGCAAAGUUCUAGAGGGCAUGGAUGUGGUGCGGAAGGUGGAGAAUACCAAGACAGACAGCCGGGACAAGCCCCUGAAGGAUGUGAUCAUCGCUGACUGUGGCAAGAUCGAGGUGGAGAAACCUUUCGCCAUCGCCAAGGAGUAGGCCCAGGAGACCGCUUCCCUCUGAGCAACUUCUGUGGGGCCUGUUGCCCUUGAGGGGGUGGCUCCAUGCUGCACGGCCCUGGUGCUGGCAUCUGAUGGAGCAGACCUGCUGCCCCCACAUUCCUCAGGCCCACUUUUGUAACAAACUCCUACCAACACUGACCAAUUAAAAAGGGGCUUUUUUUGUA